GUCAUCAACAAAUCCCAUGGUGCACUUACCUUCAUAAACGAGAAAGCUUUUCGGUCUAAACCUGCACUGUGUAUGUCAAAUACGUGUGAACUUUGAUGAUGAUUGUUUCACGACGAAGAAGAACUACGGGAAAGACUUUAUUUAAGUGUUGAAACAGUCGAUUUUCUGUUGUGAGUGUCUGAGUGACCAAGAAUAGAAAAUGGAUUGGACAGCGAUCGCGAUGAAACAACGAAGGAAUUUGUCAUGAUUAGAUGGAUCGCUGUGCCUGUGGAUCGGACAUGUUAACAAUGAAGCUAUCUAUACUCCAUGGAUAUAAUCUAAAUAUAUCACAAUAUAUGAAUACUGCCAUUCCAACUAAAUUUUCCAUUAAAACACUUAAAACAAAGACUACCCUGGUUGAGAUUUUAAAAUCGUCAUCCAACUAAGAUUUCAUCAGUUCAUCGGCAAUUUCUCAAUAUCAUUUGCAGUUAGCAACAGAACAUGGCAUAAGUAAUGUGACAUUUUUAUUAACAAGAAUUGUAAUUUUUAAUUUUUGUAAUUUCACAAUAAUAAAUUGAAACCUGCAGUGAACUGACAGCAAUCACUCAUCAUGGCCCAUGGUAACGGACUUGAAAUGUUUGACCUUAUCAAGCAGAUAGGAAAAGGAAGCUAUGGUGAAGUGACAUUGGCUCGACAUAAAAGAGACAAGAAACAGUAUGUGCUGAAGAAGAUAAACCUUAAGAAAGCAUCUAAAAGAGAGCGAUCUUCAGCAGAACAAGAAGCCAAGUUACUGUCAAAACUGAAGCACCCAAACAUUGUGUCGUAUAAAGACUCUUUUGAGAAGGAUGGGACAUUGUUUAUUGCCAUGCAGUAUUGUGAGGGAGGGGACCUUUACAACAAGCUCAAGGAAAACAAAGGCCAGGCUCUAGAGGAACGGCAGGUGGUGGAGUGGUUUGUACAGAUCGCCAUGGCGUUACAGUACAUGCACGAGAGGAACAUUCUACAUAGAGAUCUGAAAACUCAAAACAUAUUUCUUACAAAAAGUAAAAUCAUCAAGGUCGGUGACCUGGGUAUAGCAAGAGUAUUAGAUAGUUCCAGCGACAUGGCUACCACCCUUAUAGGAACCCCUUACUACAUGAGUCCCGAGCUCUUUUCCAACAAACCUUACAAUCACAAGUCUGAUGUGUGGGCCCUCGGCUGCUGUGUUUAUGAGAUGGCAACAUUAAAACAUGCGUUCAACGCCAAAGACAUGAACUCCCUUGUGUACAAAAUACUCCGAGGAAAGAUGCCUCCAAUGCCAAAACAGUACACGCCAGAGCUUCUCCAGAUCAUCAAAAAUAUGUUACACCAGGAUCCGGAGAAACGCCCCACGGUGAACCGAAUCCUCCGAGACUCCUACAUCAAAAAGAACAUCUCUAUCUUCCUGGAGGAAACCAAGAAGAGUCGACCGAGCAGUGCCAACAAGCCGAGUAGUGCUGCGCGAGUCCGUCCCACUUCAUCACGCUCCAGUGCCAGUCACAGCGACAGGUCUCAUCACCCACGGCCACCUCCGGCUCCUUCAGCGCCUUCAUCCCAGGAUAUUGUUGAUGGAGGAAAAGAGAAAGUUAGUGUGUUUCAUGUCAAUGCCAAUAGCAACCGUGAUCAGGAACCACCUCCGUCAGAACCACAGCCAACGCCUGUGAUUCUGCGAAAACCCACUCAUGCAAGAAAGCCAUCAGAUGGUGCCAAACAGGACCUGCCCCCAAUAGCAGAAGACAAGGCUGUAGCCCAUUCGGACAAGAAACUUGAUUCAUCUUCAGGUUCUGAUCAGGACACUGUCAAGGCUAAAAGCCUUAAAGAAAAGGAGAAGCCUUCCUCCCCUAAAAAGAACAAUGCAUCUAGUCCCAGAAAGAAGAAAAAAGAAAGCUGGAUAUCAAAGAAAAAUAGCCGUGGUGAUGGUGAGAGGUCGGAGGCAGAUUCUGCUGCAAAUGUUGAUUCAGCUGCAAGUGGGACAAACUCAAACCACAAAAAGUCCAUUUUCAAAAACCAUGCAGCCACAGACGCUGAGCCCCGCCACUUUUCACAUGAUCGUUCUGUUGGAUUUCACACGGUGCCAGAGAUGCGCCACACAUACGUUAAGUAUGGCCAGCCAAAGCCAGUAGACAAACCACGCCCACUACCUCCGCCCCCACAGGUGGAGGAGUCGGAAGGCCUGCCUCAACAUCGCCAGGUCUCCAGUCAAGACAAAUAUUCUGCCAUAGAGUCCAAAUCUUCUAGUACCUCUAGUUCAAGGGAGGAUGCAUCCUGGGACGCCGAAACACCACGGAGUUUACCGAACGUGUCAGCUAGAAUGAGACGUCGAAACAAUGCUUCAUCUUCUAUGGAGCGUCCUCAAUCAGCACGGCAAGUCAAGUUAAAGCGGCCCGAAUCUCAAAGACUGACAAAAGCCGAAAGGAGUGAGCAUGAACCUGUUAGAACAAAAUCAAAACCCAACAAAAUCCGACAACCGUCUAUACAGGACGACAGCUCCAGUUCUGAAGAAGAAACACUCAAGGAAAACGAGGAUUUCAAGCGAGACAAAGAAAAACUCAGGGAGAAUAAAGAGAUGAACAAUUUUAUUUCCCUGCUUGACACCACACUAAACUUGAACAAGGAAGACGAUAAGUCAGACGAAGAAUCACCAGAGAGUAGGAUGGUAGAGGAGGAGGAAGAAAAAGCCCCGUCGCCAGUCGCUAGUCCAGACAUCCACCGAUCAGCCUCACUGCCAAGUGUAGAGACUUUAUGUAGUGCCAACAGAUUGAGUCAGAGGAUACAGCUCUUACACAAGGACUGUGUUUCGGGAGUCGGGUUUGAAACUCUCCACAAGGCGUACCAGAUUCUCAGCAACAUUGAGGAUGAUGAAGUAGAGCCUCAGCUGGUGACAUUGAUGGGCAAGGAGAACUUUGAUUUGUAUGCGGGCAAAAUCUGGCAACUCAAAUUCUGUGAGGAAUGUCUACUACAACUGCCAAGUUUACAGAGCUAGCUCCUGUCUUCAUGUGAAGUAAACUAUUGACAUUUUAUAAAUGGAACAUCCAGUAUAACUGAGAGAUCACAGAAAUCAAAUGUUCACUAGACCCACCCACUGGACACUACCCAGCACUUCGUCUCUAUUGUCACACCCAGUGGUAGACUACAGUACCAUUUAGAUGUUCAUAUAUGUGUAAGCAUGGAUCAAUGUCUCCUAUUUUUCCCUAUCUGGCUGUCACUUUUACCAGAUAUACAUAUGUCUACCUGGGUUGUCCGUACCAUGAGAGCCAGAAAACAUAUAUUAUGUUGUAUAUGCAUGUCGCACAUAUGAAGUCGACUUGAGGAAAGCAUUUUGUGAGAAAAUUCAAAUUUUUCUCACACUAUCUAUUAUAAUUUCUCAUUUAGCUUUCAAUGACUUCAUUCAGGCAAGUGAAUUCUGUAUUAACACUUGUCCAGUAAAAGUUUUAGGAGCUUCUACAAAUAUAGUAUACUAACAUACACUAUUCUGAAUGUGGGUAUUAAGGAGGUUUUAAUAUUUAUAUAUGUAUAUAUGUGUGUGUGUACCUAUUAGUAGUUGAAUAAGUAGAAAACAUUGUCGAUGAGAGGUUGAAAGAGAUAUUUUAUAUAUGAACAGAUUUUACUUACUUCUGUUCAGUUAAUGUCACCUAAUACGCAGACUUUUGAAGAAUAAUUGCAGCAGAAUAUUAUAGGGCUGGCCUGGUUCAUCCAUUUUAAAAAGGAAAUAUAGAAGAAGUUUUUUAAGUAAUACAUAUAUAUGUCUGUACCUCUUUUUCAAGAAAGCUCCACAUUAAAAAUCCUGUAAUUAAAUGUCUUAUUAUGAAAGGUUAUGUAGCACCAUGAAAUUCAUGUUCACUAGCUAAGAGUAGGUAGACAAGAUUGUACUGGAUCAUAACUCUGGCCAGCAAAGAUGCAUAUAUUUGCUUGAUAGCAUUUGAAAGUUAAUGCAACUAAGAGAAUUAAAAAAUAAAGUUAAUGAAAUGUUUGUUAAGGGAUCCAGGUAUAAUGUGUUAGGGAGCAUACAUUUUAAAGGGAGAUAACUCUUCAACAAAAACCAGGUACCGGUAUUUAUUUAAUGAUACAUCUUUCUAACAUGAUAUUGAAGCUUGUUGGAGCUAUUUUACUGACAUGAUAAUGUAAGCUCGGUGGAACUAUUUUAAUGACAUUAUCAUGUAAGCUCGGUGGAGCUUAUUUAAUGACAUGAUCAUGUAAGCUCAGUGGAGCUUAUUUAAUGACAUGAUCAUGUAAGCUCAGUGGAGCUUAUUUAAUGACAUGAUCAUGUAAGCUCGGUAGAGCUUAUUUAAUGACAUGAUCAUGUAAGCUCAGUGGAGUUUAUUUAAUGACAUGAUCAUGUAAGCUCAAUGGAGCUUAUUUAAUGACAUGAUCAUGUAAGCUCAAUGGAGCUUUUUUAAUGACAUUAUCAUGUAAGCUCAGUGGAGCUUAUUUAAUGACAUGAUCAUGUAAGCUCAGUGGAGCUUAUUUAAUGACAUGAUCAUGUAAGCUCAGUGGAGCUUAUUUAAUGACAAGAUCAUGUAAGCUCGGUGAAGCUUUUUUAAUGACAUUAUCAUGUAAGCUCAGUGGAGCUUUUUUAAUGACAUGAUCAUGUAAGCUCAGUGGAGCAUAUUUAAUGACAUGAUCAUGUAAGCUUGGUGAAGCUUUUUUAAUGACAUACAUGGCCCAAUUAUUCAAAAGGUGAUUAGCUUAAUUGCAUUAGCAUUUACAACAUGAAAUGAAUCUAACAACUUGACUUUGAUUGUUUGUGAUUUUGUUUUUAUCACAUUCAAAACAGUGAAAGCAUUUUUGUGAUGAAGAUCAACUGCUGAUAUAUAUAUAUCUUUGUGCACUUAUUUCAAAGUUAAUGACAUCUUUAUCUCUGGUAAAUAGAUUUUUAUGGUAUGUUUAAGAAUAUUUAUUUGUAAAUUUUAAAGUAAAAUUUAUUUAUUAUCUUAUAUUUGUUUCCGUCCUAAAAUCUAUCAAUCUAUGCAUUCCUUUUGUGUUGAUUUAUUUCUACAACUUUUAUACAAAGUAUAGGUAAAUGCUCCUUUGUACUUUUAUUAGUUGGAAACCCUGCCCGACUCCAACAGAUCCGAUCUACUUCUUAAUGAUACUUGAUAUUAACUCAUUCACCCCUGAAGACACAUUUGAGCUCUUCCAGUUCAAAUGUUCGAAUAGUUCAUAAUGAAAUUUAAGGGGUGAAUGAGUUUAUCAAUACAUUCAUUUGAUUUUAUCAUUUUCUGUACACAAACAGUUUGUGCUGGCCCCUCUAAUCAAAGUCGCCAUAUACCCCCUGUGUCCAGGUAAAUAGUCCUUAAACAACGAGAACCUCAGUAAACUAAGCAUACACAUAUACAUGACAGUUGUGUGUCUGUCGUUCGUUCAAACCUGCCAGUAAAUAUUCUAUUUGUUCAUUUAUAAAUCCUUUUUGUAAAGCAUUUUUUUUCACAUUUUCGUUGAUGUACUUUGUACGUAUGACAGAAUUUGUAGGACUCUUAUUUUGGCAGGGUUGUGAAUGUGUGUGUGCUUUUUUAAAAUGUAAUCAGAACUACAGUAAAGUUCAAGAAGUCUUAUUUUUGUAUUAAAAAUAGGUCUCAAACUGAGGAUGAGUUAGAUUCUCAUUGGCUAUUGAUUUCAUUACAUGUACCUGUUUUGUUAUUUUUCAAACAUUUAUGAACUGAAUUUGUUAAUCAAAGUUUUCGUAAAUUUAUGAUGUCAUUUGUUUUGUUCCAUUUGGAUUUUAUUUCAUUGAGGUAUAAGAGAUCAAGAACUAAUCAUAUUACUCGAACUGACCAGUGGUCUACAUACAACUGACCAGUGGUCUACAUACAACUGACCAGUGGUCUACAUACAACUAACCAGUGGUCUACAUACAACUGACCAGUGGUCUACAUACAACUGACCAGUGGUCUACAUACAACUUACCAGAAGUCGGUGAAUGGGACAUGAGGUUUUAGAUAAACACCACCAUACUUAUUCCACGUACAUGCCAGUUGAUUGUAGGCACAGCUAGACAUUCCAGUUCACGGCUUUACCUUGGUAUUGUAGAUACAUUCUAGUUUAUGUCUAACAACUUUCAGUAGCAUGCUUUUGAUUCUACGUUUGCCUGUCAAACACACUAUUAUAGUUUAUGGAAGUUAGCUCCAGGUACAGAUCAGGUUCCCGUAAGCUGCACUUCAACGAUGCAGUCAUUAUCCAGUGGCAGUAAUGCUAUAUUAGUAUACACAUAUUAGAUUUCAAAAUAAGAUAGAACUCCUACACAUUAUGGGGAUUCAUUUCCAGGUUGGGAUAUCAAAUUCGUUUUGUUAGUAGUAGAGCCAGCAACAGGAAUUUGUAUAUCUGAAUACAUCUGUGAAAAUCUGAUUUUAUAUACAUGAAGAAAUAACAUUUUGGGGAAAUUAGAACUAUAAUUGGCUUAUGAAUAUUUGAAAUAAUUCCAUACAUCUGUCUGCUAUUUUUAAUUCCAAAUAAUCUAUAUAUAUUUUAUUAACAUUUCCAUAUGUUACAUGCAAGACAGAUUGUACUUUAUGAUUAACCAUAUUUGUCCUACAUGUAUGUAAAAUUUAUGUUUAAUUGUAACUUUGACCCAGUUAAUAUUGCUCUAUUUGCGGUUUGAACCAAUAAUCACUGUUGAAUAUCUGCUUUUCUUCUGGUUUAUGCUAUGUAUUAGUAAGAGGUUUAUUUGUAAAAAAUGGCUCUAUUUAAAUAUAUCCAAGUGCUAAACUAGGAUGUAAUUUUAAUCUCAUUUGUGUAAUAUAUCUUGAUUAUUUUUUGUUAAAGAUUCUUUAUUGCAUAAACUGGGAUGGUUUCAGAUAAUUGCCCUAUGCAUGUCAAUUCAAUACCUGACCUUUAAUUCAUAGUCCCCAAAAUGUAAUGUGUAGAAAACAAUGUGUCAUUACUGUGUUGUGGUCAAUACUGUCUUGUUACAACAAUGAAUCCCUUGUACAAGAUGGUACCCGCUUCACAUUGUAGCUGAAACUGUCCUUAUGGAACUCACUGGAAGGAGUAAGGGAAACCGUCAGAAUGGAACCUGUUACUCUGUACAUGUGCUGGGGAAACUGGUGGUGUUUAUUUCUUUUUACAUUCCUUUAAUUUCAUGUAACAAAUCUUGGGAAUAUUUUCCAGUGUUGUUAAAGUAUAUUUGUAUGCUUAUGCUCUGUGAUUUUAGAUGAACAUGUAAUCAUUUGCAGAAGACGUCCAUUUUCUGAUUUAAAUAUUACCCGGGUAACGUGUAUGUUGACAUAUGGAUUUGUAAUUGUACAAUAUAAAUGGAGGAGGAAGUCAGAUCUGGCCACCCAACCACAUUUUAACAGUUGUUCGUUUUUAAGUGUAAAAUCGGUUGUUGCUCAUUUUAUUUGACAAUUAAUUGAAAUGUAAUAAUAAAUUGUUCAAACCAAGGUCAAAAUACUAAUCAAUCUUCUUUAUUUUUUUUAAUAUCACAUAUACAUUUUGUUCACUUAUUGGUUGAUACAUUUUUCAUUAUAAAAACGUUAGUAUUGGAUGAUGACAGGAACAUAACCCUAGACAAUGGAAUCUAGAUCUGAGACAAAUGACCUCGUUUUGUCUGCUUAAUCGCCCAAGGAAAUGUUAAUCAAAUCCACUUUUUUAUUUUCUCGAAAGAAUGACAUAUAUGUCUGUUGAAAACUGAUUUGGUAAAUUUACAGGCAUGUACCAAGGCCUCUUAUACACACAAUGAAGGAGACACCAUCUCACUGGCAUAAUUUUUAUCUAUAGUUAUGAUGUAAUAAAUACUGUCUACCACCA